AUGGGUGUCUGGCGUCGCAUAGACGAGGUGAAACCGAUCCGAAUCGAGGAUCAGGAUGAAGUCAACUACGGAGACUAUGACUUCAGCGAGUCGGACAACGAGGCCAAUGACGCCGACAAAACGGCGACGGCCGUGCCCGUCUCGCGCACCCGCAGACGCAAGGAGGAACGCUCGGAGCGCAAGCUGCGCAAGUUCUUCUUGUCGCUGGACGACGGUGGCGUGCAGGUGAAGAAGAACAUGGGCGCCCGCAAGCAGCGCCGCGUUGAGAACGCCCGCCUGCUGCUCUCUUUCGUUGAUAAGGAAGACAUUUGUACGGAUUUUUCCGACAUCGUCCCCAAAUCCGUCUCGUCGUUCGCUCAACUUUUCCACGAGCGCGAAAAUAUGAAGAUCUGGAACGAGUUCAUUUUGCUCGAUGAGGAGGACCAGCGUCGCAUUUUGGACAACGCUGACCGUCGUAAGAAGCACGAUGGGGACAUGAACCUGAAGGGCGACGGUUGGUGCGUUGUGGGCGGUCGUAGCGCCGAAUCGACGCCCCGGCGUAACGACAAGAAGUCGACUUCUCUGCCAGAAGAGAGUGAUGAGGAUCAUCGCAAGCAUCAUCCUGCCUACUCGGCGAAGGCCUGCUUCGAGCGCAUGGAGCCGAAAUUCAAGCAAUUUUUCCAGCACCGCGAGUUGCCCUGGGCCCUCGUCGACAAAACCGAGCGCCAGCUCCGCGAUGCUUUCGGUCUCGACUCUUCGGCCAUCUGGAUCGCUAAUUACGAGAGUGGCUUCGACCGCAUGAUAGUUCACGGUGUAGCCCAGUUCCUGAUGCUGACCAGCAAAAGUUCCACCGAUACCGCUUCGCAUCAACGCAUCACCGAGGUGAAGAACUCGCGCUCGUUUUUCGUCCCGCCUCGCAAAUACCUGAUAGUUUACUUGGAGAAGCUGAGGAAGCAUAAAAUCGUGUUUGACCCCGAAGAGGACGAACCUCUCGACAGCAACUCGGACCACCUCGGGCACCCCGGCGAUUCGCCCGUCGAAGAAACUUCGCUAAAAGCUGAUCAGGCCUCCACCCCCGGCCUCUAUCAAAUCCCCCUGAUAUUAACACGGGCACUGCCGGUC